AUGUUUUGUUUACUAACUUGCUCCAGGCAGCCAGUUUCUCUUCCUUGUAGCCUAAAGCUAACCUACAUUCUUUCUGACAGCAGUGAGACUCAGAACACAGGGUCAGCUGACAACACUAUGAUAAUAGCAUGUUACCUUAGGCGUUAGUAUUACAAAUAAUCGAGCUAAUUUAACCUCUUUUUUUUUGGAGCUGGUCGUUGGAUUUAGGCUCUGGGGAUUUAUCCACAUGGUUUGUGUACCUGUAACGUUCAUUUUGGACUCAAUAACGGAGAUUUAGCAAAGAAAAUAACCUCUCAACAGUUUGUUUAGGUGUUGACCAGCUAGUCUUCGAGCUAGCUUUGUCCUGUAGCAGUUAGCUAACCCAGUGGGCGUCUGCAUGGAGAGCUUUAAACUUACAUGCUUAAGUUUUGAGAUCACUCUCUAGACCGCCUUGCUUUUACUGAGGUAAAUGCCGUCUAAAUGGCAAAAACGGAGCAGAGAAAUGGACUGGAACUUCAGGGCAACACACAGAAGCUGACGGACAGUAAUGGGAAGAGCAGCUCGAAUGGACCGGACCCGGAGGUGAACGGCUCCAUCCCCGAAGAGACGCAGGUGGAUAAGUACGGGUUUACCGGAGGAGCCCAGCAGUCCGCCGGAGAACUAGCGGAAGAAGUCCCCACUGCGGUGCUGAGGCAACGCGAAGCUAAAUGGCUGGAGAUGCUGAACAGCUGGGACAAGUGGAUGGCUAAAAAACACAAUAAGGUGAAAGAGCGCUGUCAGAAGGGGAUCCCUCCGUCCUUACGGGGCCGAGCCUGGCUCUACCUCACUGGGGCCAAAGUAAAACGGGAGCAAAACAAGGGCCGGUUUGAGGACCUGGACAUUCAGCCAGGAGAUCCUAAAUGGGUUGAUGUCAUUGAGAGGGAUCUUCAUCGCCAGUUUCCUUUUCAUGAAAUGUUUGCAGCCAGAGGAGGUCAUGGGCAGCAGGAUCUGUUUCGCGUCCUGAAAGCUUACACUCUCCACCGACCUGAGGAAGGUUACUGUCAGGCUCAGGCUCCCGUUGCUGCCGUCCUCUUGAUGCACAUGCCAGCUGAGGAUGCCUUCUGGGUACUUGUGCAGAUCUGUGAAAAAUACCUUCCUGGAUACUACAGCACGGGGCUGGAGGCGAUCCAGCUCGACGGGGAGAUCCUGUACGCUCUGCUGCGGCGGGUGUCUCCCGUGGCUCACCGCCACUUAAAGAAGCAUAAACUGGAGCCGAUCCUGUACAUGACGGAGUGGUUUAUGUGUGCCUUCUCCCGGACCCUGCCCUGGUCCUCUGUGCUGCGGGUCUGGGACAUGUUCCUCUGUGAGGGAGUGAAGAUCCUCUUCAGAGUGGGCCUGGUUCUCCUGAAAUGCAUGUUAGGAACCCAAGAGAAAGUCAAGUCCUGCCAAGGUUUAUACGAGACAAUGGAGCUGUUGAAAAAGAUUCAACCUCAGUACACACGUGAAGGCUUCCUGGUGCUGGAGAUCAUCGAUCUAUCGGUAUCUGAGAAGGACAUUGAGAAGGAACAUCAAGCUCAGCUGCGGCGUUGGAAGGAGAGUCGCGGAGAUCUAAGUUGCAAGUCCCCUCCGAGGAUGCACGGCGCCAAGGCCAUAAUGGCUGCCGAGCCUCCGAGCCGGCAGGAGCUGAGACAGAGACCUACCAUCAUUGUUCAGUCUCCUUUGGCGUCGAAAAUAGAAGCGCCGCCAGAAGACGAAGUGAAGGGAAGUAAAAAGGCCACAAAGGAAAACGGGCAUACGACCAUCCUCCCACCAGACGGGAUCAUUAAUCUCGGUGAUCCGUCCCCAACCUUUCAACACACGACCACCCAGGGGUCCAAAGAGAGUCUGAGCAGUGCCGAGCACGACACAUACCUUUAACCAGACCAGGUUUACACCAGUUUAUAGCAUGAAUCAUUCCACAACUCCCUGUUUCAGCAUGAAUGCUCGUCCUACUUCACAGUUUUUAGUGACAGGAUAAACAUUAAAUCCCUGCAGCAGCAGUGGAAAAUGCUUUUUACUUUUUAUAGCCACAACACAGACGUCUUAGGUGUUGGACUAAGACAUUUCACUAGACCAAAUGGCGUCCAGGAAACUUCUGGUUUAAAGUAGCUUAAAUUUUAGACAAGUGGUUUCUUUGGAUUUUGCAGGUAUUUAAAUGUAUUUUAUACUAAAAUGUUGCUGCCCAUAUAAGCAUAGGGGGCAAGGUUUUAAGCUAUAGAAGCAAUAAUUUUGAAAUGCCCAUCAGUAAUGGGCAAUUCAUGGUAAGAGGUAUUCAUUCAUUCUACAUGUCCAAAGUCAGUUUGUAAGGGUCAUCCUGCGUAUUUUAGUUCUUUCUCUAGUUCAACACGCAUAAAUCAAAUAAUAGUUCAUUAGGAGUACCUCUACUAUACUUUAAUGUAAUUGGACCAUUUGAAUGAGCCAUGUUGGGAUAGAGACUCAUUUAAAACAGGCAGGUGUGGCCCUUGAGGACUAAGGCUGGACACCCAGGUCCUAAUUAACGGGAGGAAUUUUUUUAGAAUAUCUGACCUUUUCUUUCUCAGUUUUGCCCUGAUAAGUCACUACGUUUCCAAUCUCUCAGCAAUUCACACUAACUCAAACACUUUUCAGCAUGUCUGCUUGGCCCAUUUUCAUGUGCUGGUUCUAUGAAUCAGUAAUUGCUCUUCUUGUCCACACGGGGGCGACCUGACGUUGUUUUUUUUUUAGCCAAAGCAGUGGGCAGCUCUUGGGGGAAAACUUCACAUUCAGGAGGAACAAGGUUCAUCACAAGCGGUGUUUUGUGUCGGUAUGCCAAAGAUCUGUUGUUUAUAUUUUUUAACUAUUUGAGAAGAGGGUUUUGGUUUUCUCAAAGUGUUAACAUUAAUUUGUUAAAAGGGGACAAAUGUAUGAGAAUGUAGAGCUUCUUUAAAGUUUGCAGUUCCUUCAAUUUAAAAUGAUAUAUUUUUAAAAAGUUGUAUUUAAAAACAAGAACUGAUAAAAAGCUGUUAUAUGUAAUCUACAACAGUAAAGUCACUAUUGAUCUGGUGAGCCAUAAACCUUUGAUAAUUAGCUAAAUGUUAGCGUUGUUCCUCAUUAUCAUUAUUGUUGUUUUAAUAUGGUGUCAAAUGAAGGACGAAGUUUCAAAUGAAGUCUUAUGCAAUCAACAUUUGCCAGUCCAAUAAACAGUUUUAAUGGAUGUAAGUUGAUGUACCAACAUAUCAAUUGUCUUAUGUCUGAAAUUUUAUUGUACAAGCCACUAAAAUCUGUUGAUUUCAAACCAAUUUAAAAAGUG